AUGGGGCAGCCGUGGGCGGCGGGGAGUGCGGAGGGGACCCCCGCGCGGCUGCCUGUGGUGCUCACGGCGCUGUGGGCCUCGGCCGUGGGCUUGGAGCUGGCCUAUGUCGUGGUGUGGGGCCCCGGGCCGCCCCCGUUGGGACCACUGGCCCGGGUCUUGCAGCUCUCGCUAGCCGCCUUCCAGCUCCUCAACCUACUGGGCAACGCGGGGCUUUUCCUGCGCUCCGAUCCCAGCAUUCGGGGCGUGAUGCUGGCCGGCCGCGGCCUGGGCCAGGGCUGGGCUUACUGCUACCAGUGCCAGAGCCAAGUACCACCUCGCAGUGGGCACUGCUCUGCCUGCCGUGUCUGCAUUCUGCGCAGAGACCACCACUGCCGCCUGCUGGGCCGCUGCGUCGGCUUCCAGAACUAUCGGCCUUUCCUGUGCCUGCUGCUUCACACCACUGGUGUCCUGCUGCACGUCUCGGUGCUGCUGGGCCCUGCGCUGGCAUCCCUGCUGCAGGCCCACACCCCUCUCCAUGCCGCCACACUCCUCCUCCUGCCCUGGCUCAUGCUGCUUACAGGUAGGGUAUCUCUGGCACAGUUCGCCCUGGCCUUUGUGAUGGACACGUGCGUGGCAGGUGCACUGCUGUGCGUGGCGGGGCUGCUUUUCCACGGGACGCUGCUGCUGCGCGGCCAGACGACGUGGGAGUGGGCGCGGGGCCAGAACACCUAUGACCUGGGCCCCCGCCACAACCUGCAGGUGGCCCUGGGGCCCCGCUGGGUCCUCGUGUGGCUGUGGCCUUUCCUGGCCUCCCCCUUGCCUGGGGAUGGGAUUUCCUUCCAGACUGCAGCUGACAGGGGCCCUGUGGCUUCCUGA